GUGUGUGUGUGACGCUGGGGAGGGGUGCGGGGUGAUUGGACACGCUAGGUGCCUCUCUGUAGAAUGCAGCACAGGGCUGGAGCUCUCGCUGAAUAUGGAUGAGAAGGAAAGCAGAGGGUGAUGCAGUAAGAAGAUUCCCCCCGUCAGUCCGCCUCUGCCUGAACAAUACCAAGCCUCUCCGCUUCAAACACUCACUCACUCACACACACACGCACACACAUACACACGCCACACGGCAAUUGCAUUGCCAUCACACACAAUCAGAGAAAGAGAGAGAGGGAAAUUGAGGGAGAGAGAGCAAGAGAGAGAGACGGGGGCUGACUGCGGGUAUGGAGGGGAGGAUGCGCUGACGUUGUCCCCCACUCGGAUACGAACCUGGGGAAAAAGGUUGACUGGCCACAUUCCUUGACGGCAACAGAGCUCCUAUGAUCAGCCUGCACUCAGGCAUCGCUCACCGGUCAAGCCGCUCGGCGUCCAUGGCUAUCUGAACCCCACCUCCGGCACGCUACAGCAGAAUGGAGGAGGGUGAAUAUUUCCUGAAGGUGUUGAUCCCCAGCUAUGCCGCUGGUUCGAUCAUCGGUAAGGGUGGGCAAACCAUCGUCCAGCUUCAGAAAGAGACUGGAGCUACCAUCAAACUGUCCAAAUCUAAAGACUUCUACCCAGGUACAACAGAGCGUGUUUGUUUGAUUCAGGGUACGGUGGAAGCUCUGAAUGGAGUACAUAACUUCAUCGCUGAAAAAGUUCGUGAGAUGCCUCAAAGCAGUCAGAAGACUGAACCAGUCAGCAUUCUCCAGCCACAGACUACCGUUAACCCUGACCGUAUCAAACAGGCUAAAUUGAUCGUGCCCAACAGCACAGCAGGACUCAUCAUCGGUAAGGGUGGGGCAACAGUUAAGGCUGUGAUGGAGCAGUCAGGAGCCUGGGUACAGCUUUCUCAGAAGCCUGAGGGCAUCAAUCUGCAGGAGCGCGUUGUGACCGUGAGCGGGGAGCCAGAGCAGAACCGCAAGGCCGUGGAGAUCAUUGUUCAGAAGAUCCAGGAGGACCCACAAAGCAGCAGCUGUCUAAAUAUCAGUUACUCCAACAUCACCGGCCCUGUGGCCAACUCCAACCCAACUGGAUCCCCGUUUGCCAAUUCUACAGAGGUGUUGCCCAAUGCCGCCGCAGCGGCUACAGCCUCCACGCUACUUGGCCAAGCGGGUCUCGCAGGCAUGGGUGGUUUUCCUGCGGCCAUGUCAAGUCUUUCUGGUAAUGAUCUGCUUGCCAUUACGUCUGCCCUGAACACUCUGGCCAGUUACGGCUACAAUACCAAUACACUGGGUCUUGGCCUCAACCCGGCUGCUGCCUCUGGAGUGCUCGCUGCUGUUGCGGCUAGUGCUAAUCCAGCAGCGGCUGCUGCCGCCAAUUUGCUUGCUACAUAUGCCAGCGAGGCCUCUGGAGGGGGUGGUCACCCUGCUGCCCCUAGUUUAGGGGGAUUCUCACUGGGCUCUCUUGCAGCCGCCACAGGGGCAUCUAAUGGGUACCUGAAUCCCUCAUCCCCACUAGUGGCAUCAUCUCUGCUGGGUACAGAAAAGCUGGCAGAAGGUGGAAAGGAAGUGGUGGAGAUUGCUGUGCCAGAGAACUUGGUCGGUGCCAUCUUGGGAAAAGGUGGUAAGACUCUGGUGGAGUAUCAGGAGCUGACAGGGGCGCGAAUUCAAAUCUCCAAAAAGGGAGAGUUCAUUCCAGGCACGCGCAAUCGCAAGGUGACCAUUACAGGGUCACCGGCGGCAACACAGGCAGCCCAGUACCUUAUCAGCCAGCGAAUCACGUACGAGCAAGGCGUCCGUGCCACCAACCCUCAAAAAGUGGGCUAGUGAUGGACAGGAGUGGGGAGGGGAAUGAAGAAAGCGGAGGAAACCAGAGAGAAUGAAUAGAUGACUAAAUGAAUGAAAUCGAGGGAGAACGGGAUGGGUUGGAGCGAGAAAUAUGUCCAAAUAUUUAAACACAAAAUAAAAAGAAUGAACUGUGGAUAGAUAAUCUGUUUGGGGAGAAAUGUGAUAUUUUGUGACUGAAAUUCUGCCGUAUUUUUAAAGUUGUGUUACGUUGUGUAGGUCAGAGUAUCGUGUCCUGGGGCACUCAGUGGAGAAGGAGCUCAAAUCUCACUUCCUCUCUCUUGGCCAAGGCCUUUUGGAUUCUAUGUUCUGAUUUUGGCUUCCACUGCAAACUCUCAUAGUUUAGUUCAUACUGAUCCACACACCCUGAGCAAGGAGACCGGAGCGUGAAGGUUUCCCUCUUAAUAUCAGCAACCGUAGUGUAGGUAUAAAAUGAACAAGAAGAUAACUUUUGAAACAUUUCCAUAAGUACUCUUGGUUUCCCCCUUUAUUGUUUUCAAUUGAGACAUGAUCAGAAAACACCUGCUAAAAGCUAUCAAUUUGCAUUGCAUUACUAAUAUCUCUCUGAAUAUUCUCCAUUACAGUCAGUUCACAAUCAAGUCUCUUUUAGAUUUAUCGAAACCUGUGAUUCCAGGUUGACCUGAAUGUAUAAAGACUUCCUGAUAUUGUUGGGGUUUUUUAUAUAUGUAAAUAGAGUAUCAAAUUGAGAUGCUGUCACGAUAGAUACCCAACCUUCAGCGACAGACAGACAGACGGAGAUAAGACAUCACAGGUCAAAGGUCAGAUACGCAGCAUUAGGAACAGGAAUGUAACAUACAUACAAGUGCAGUUUAGUCACAGGAUCCCACUUUGGUGCUAUAAGAAAAUGCGUACGAAGAGAUUUUGUUGUCAUAUCUACUGAUUUUAGUAUUUAUGGGAGAGUUUCUCUGAGCCUUCAUGAAUUAUCGGGGGGCAUUUUGCGAUAUAACUCAUGAGACUGAGAGCGAGUGAAUAUUCAAAAGAUCCCACCAGAGCAGAGACACAACAGUAGGAUCUUAAAAGCUGUCCGUCUCACUGACUUUUAACUCUUACUACAGAAAACUUUUGGACACACUACCAAGGAAUUGAAGUCCUUAGAAUCCUGAACUUGAAAAAUAAUUGGACCUGUUUAGACAGAUGUACCUCUUAACUCCUCCUCUUCCUCUGAUUGGAGGAGUCAGGCAAUGUCUGUGCCUGUUUCAUUUGAAAGGAGCUCAGGUUGUCAUACCUCAUGUUUGCGAAGGAGGAGAAAGAUUUCCUGUUUGUAUGCAGUGCAGCAAAGUCUUGGGUGCAUUACAGAUGCCACCUCGUUCACGUCGCAGUUAAUCCCUGUUUGCGUUAGGCAGGCAGCAGAGGUGCAGUUGAGGUAGUGAACGAGAGACUAAAAUGACACAGCUUUUGUAACCUGUCUGAACUGAUUUGAAGGUCGGAGGAUGCUACUGUAACGACUGUCGACCUUCAGCCUUCUCCUGUACAGCGGCGUCACUGCGAGGCAAACUCUUGCAGGCUAACUGAUCGUAAUUCUGCUUCCUUUAAGAAACCAAACUGCAGGCCGUAGCGUCAGACGCACAGUUCUGUUUGCCCAAUGUUUCUAAAGCAUUGCAGGAGAGUUUUACAUGCCCUCCACCUUUUUCCACUGAUCAACAGGUCAUCGGUUGCACAGAGCGGUGGUGAUAGUUCCUCAUUAGUUAAUUCCACAGUUGUACACUGCAUCAAAAUGUUUGCUGCUAACAGCAUUUUCGGUCUUGCCAGCAAUUGGCUCUUGCAUGGAGAGUGAGCAGGAGCUCCUGUACAGGGCGAGCAAUCGUCUCUGAACCACACUGUGAAUCCAGCGGCCUGACACCAUCGCAACUAUGGAAUGUAAUGUACAUAUUUCACACCAUUGAGAGUGAGACACGGCGUGACGGAAUAAAGCAAUGAAACCGAGCGAGCACAAGAACGCGGGCCACGAGGCUCCGCUGUAGGAACGUCUACCUGUAGUUUACCUUGCUCUUUCGCAAAUCCGGAGGCUGCCGAGGGUCAGAUUCCCCCCACGGCAGCCAGGCCUGUCAUUAAUUAGCAGAUCUCCAUUUGAACCCUGGACUUCUAAAUAUAACAACACUGCACAGCCCAAUCUACUGCUGACCUACAUACACACUCUAAAAGACAUUCAUCAUCUCCCUCCAACUUCCAGCCCUCUAAUCUACUCGCUAGAGGGGAAGCGGAAACGUAGAAAAAGGAGGGAAGGGAGAGAAAGGGAGAGACAUGGAGAGAGAGAGAGGGCGAGAGAGUAACCUAUUUAUAUCCAUUGCAUAAUUGUGAGGAGUAUUAACAUUUCAACAUCUCUCAUGAUUGCUGUUUAAAUAACCUUCAAAGUUUAACAUGCCAUUCACUCAGUUAAUGUACUCCCGAGCUAUGUACUGUAUUUCGGUACCACCCGUAAGAUAUCAGGUUCUCCACGUAUAAAUCGUUGCUCAAUAAUGGUUGGAGAUCAAUUUGUGUACCUGAUUUCAGAAGCACAAGCACUUGGUGCAGCAAUAUGAGGGUAAUAUGAUUACAGACAAGGGAGAUUCAUUUAUACAUUUGUAGAAAAGCGGUUGGAAUUUGUUGACAGUCGUGGCAUUAGGGUUAAUCCUGUCUCUCACUCUCUACGUGUCCUCCCUCUGUCUUUGCACUACCUCUUUUUCUUCCGUCAUGUCUUGCUCUCUCACUACUUUUCAUGCUUUGUUGUCUCUCCUUUCCCCUUUCGCUUUCUUCCCCUCCAGGCUACCGCCACGGAUGUGUUGUUUGUGUGUGUGUGUUUUUCACAGAGGGUGUGUGUAUCUCCACAUGGGCCGAUGGGUAUUGAGCCCUGUCGUGCACACAGUACCUCUGGACUAAUACGCCACAUAGUCUAACAUUAAUACAUGUGAUUAGAUUCUCGUGCUCUCUUCCUGAUUGAUUCAGUAUUCUACCUUAAACUAGCUAGAAAAGGGAAUCUGUGCUCUGAGAGAACGCGGAGGUGUGUAAACCAGAGCAAAGAACUCUGGGUGGAAAAAAAAACAAGGAAAAAAAACAAUACCUAAGGGAGAUGGAUGCGAUAGCCACCUCAAACUCAAACGAUGACCAUCGUUUGUGCUCUGUGUUCUCUCUCCUCUCUCUGAGAACUAUAAGAUCAUCUCUGCAUUUUUCCUUCAUUUUUAAAAAAAAUGAAACUGUGGAAUCCGUCGCGUCUCAUGUUCUUUGUGUAUUUUGGUGUAGUUCCUCUAGUUUGUGGUCUAAAUGCAGUCUUGCGCUGUUGGUUUCAGUGUGUGAUUAUCCGUUAUACUCGUGUGGAUGAUGAAAGUGCCAAUCAAGCCUGGUUAAGAUUAGCUUUGCGAUUUGUUUGUGCAUUAGAGUUGCUCUCUUUGGAGUGCUGGUGUCCAUAUCUACGUCACUGAUAAUUUUAGAUCGACUUAAAAUGUAAAGAACUAUUGGAAGCAAUAUUGUAGCAUGUUGUCAAGUUUUGUGUUUUGUUAUGUCUGUUGUAUGAGCCUUUGGAUUUACUACAAAUUUUGAAUGAAUAGGUUUACAUGUACUUUUUUGUAAUACUGUAAGUUUAAAAAAAUGAAAAAAUGCUGCUAUUUGAUAAGUGAAAUAUACAGAAAUAUUUUAGUUGAGACGAAAAAACGGAAAAAAAAAAAAGAGUCUGGUCUGUUGAUUAGGAUUGUGCUCGUUUUUCGACAGGGGUAUAAACGAGGUGUAUCAAUAUUAAUGACAUAGACGCAGUAAUAAUAGUCAACCUGUGCCAAACUAGACCUUCACAGCUUCUCAACAUGUAGGUGUGUGAUGAAACAUUAGGUAUCGAUAACUUAUUUAGAAGCAUUGAACAAGUGCCAAUCAAUCAAUAUAUUUUAGUUCCGACGAAAAGAUAAUCAGCGAAGGAACAAAAACGGCAUAGCGCAAUGUUAGCAUUGUUUUGACCCCAUAGCUGCAUAGACAACGAGAAUACUUGUUUUAUGCAUCCAUAUGGUUUUAAUACACUCAGUAGAGGCAUCCUGUGCAUUCGUUUGACCUGUGGCUUCCGCACUGCUUUUAAGUCAUAUUGUCUCUGUAGGUCGGCAUGGAGUAGGCAUACACGUUAUACGCAUUCAUAACACAGCCGUUUAUCAAAGUGUGUUUUGUGGAUUUAGGUGUUAUCUUUUUGCACGUCUCUAUUGCAUGAUAUCCAAGUGAAUUAUUGAGGGGUGGGAAAUCAAAACAGACAAACAUUUCUAAAAAAAAAUACAAAGAAGCGUCUUGUGUCGCUCUGGGACACACUUCUGCAUGUGUCGCAGACGGAGCGCUCUUUCUUUCCUUCACUUCAUUUGUGUUUCUCUGGUUUUGUGUUUUUCUCGGUCAGAUGGGUGUGGUCUUUUAAAGGCCAGUAUACAUAGGCCUAAGAACUGCAGCGUAACCAUGGGAACUGGAGUCAAUCAGGAAUUCAUAAAAGCGAGCAGAUUCCAGUUUACGACGGCAAAUCGUGUGCAUACGUACAUGACAGACUCCAUCUCUCGGCCUCUAAUUUCAGGGGAAAACACCCAUGCAUGGAAAAUGUCAUUUAAGUUCCGUUUUUUUGGGCUACGGUCGUGUUUAUCCAUACAUCGGUUUCAGACUUCUCUAGUUUCUCAGCUUGAUUCUCCUAACCCCACAUGUAAUUUAUGAAUGUAUUUACAUUUGCAUAAACUGAAACAAAAUGUUAUUUCAAUGUUAAAUGUCUUUUAGGUGUGAUGUUUACGGCGGAGGUUGUAAAGUUCAUGUAGCUCGAUCAUAUCUGUCAGUGUUAGGAAGGCCCAGAGCCACAUUAGCACCCAAAUUCAUUUCUCUCUCUCUUCCUGUCUGCUGAUGCAUCAAAUGCACUUUACUGAGCAUUAGGUCCCAUCACAAACACACACAAUGUAACCUUCUACUGGAUGCAAAACUGAACCAAGCAACCUGUUUUUAACAUGGAAAACUUUGACAGAUAUAUUGUUGUUUUUUCCUGUUGUUGUGUUUUUAUUCUUUUCCUCCUUUGGUGUUUGUAAAUGAGUUGUAAUUUUUUAAAAGUGUCUUUAUUUUUGUAUUUCUGUUCAGUUCGGGGAGGAGAGGUCAGAAGGAGAGUGUGUGUGUGAGAUAUCUGUCCUGCAUUCCACCAUCUCUCCUACUACAUUCCCUUCAGUGUCUGUCUGUGUGUGUGUGUGUGUGUGUGUGUGUGUGUGUGUGUGUGUGUGUGUGUGUGUGUGUGAGUGAGUGUUUGUCUGUGUGUGAGUGAGUGCGAGUGACAGCGUUUGCACGAAUGUGUGUUUGUGAGUGUCUACAUGCAGACACUCUUGUUACCAUUGUAAUUGCCAACUGUGUGAAGCUAAACUGCUUUGAAAGUGAAAGGUGUUAUUUUUGAUUUUCAAAACUGUACGUUUUGUUCAGUUUAGAGGAAUGGAAAAUAAAUUGCAGAAACCUCUGAAAA